UGUAUUCCGUACAUAAUCUUGUAUCAGUGGUGUCUCAUCGCUUAUUGGUUCCAAGCCAUUAAAGCCCCUGUUCGCCCCAGAACCCCGGAAUUGCUAUUUUAAGCUUAGUGUGUGCCUAACCCCUGGUCCCGCGAGGGCCCUAGCUGCAGAAAGUGGGUUGUCCCGCGGUUACGGAGCACCGCGAGCCACUAAUUUUUCUUUUCCUCCUGUCGGCAGCUACAGCUUUCACCGACAUCACCUCAACUUCCUCAACCUCAACUUGAACCACAGCAACACCCCCCAUCCUAUUCCAUACUCGACAAACCUCCUAAAAUAUCGGGAAUUUACACUCCCCGCUUGACUACAAGCCGUCUUUGUAGUAUUUGCUGUCCAAGACAUCAUGUACUACUAAUUACCACGCACAACAAGCGAUUAUGGGGAAGCGGCGCAAAGUCGUGCAUGAUGCCCGCCCAUCGCAGAAGUCCGGCUCUAGGAGCGAAAAGCCACAGAAAGGUAUUUCAUCGAAGCAGGGAUUGAAGCAGGGAUUGAAGCAGAAGCAGCAACCGCAAUCGCAAUCGCAACCACACCACGACGAGCCUACGAUACCCUUCGCGCCCGAACACAAGAUCCUCCUCAUCGGCGAUGGCGACCUCAGCUUCGCAGCUUCCCUAGUCGAGCACCACUACUGCGCCGACGUGACCGCCACCGUUCUCGAGAAGACCCUCGACGAGCUCGUAGAGAAGUACCCGCACGUGCAGGAAAACAUCACGAAGGUCGAGGCGGAAGGCAGCACGGUGCUGUACAACAUCGACGCGACCAAGAUGGCGCCCUUCGUGAACAAGAAGGGCAAGGACAGCACGGGGGUGAUGGACCGCAUCAUCUUCAACUUCCCGCACGUCGGCGGCAAGAGCACGGACGUCAACCGCCAGGUCCGCUACAACCAGGAGCUGCUGGUCGAGUUCUUCAAGCGCGCCAUGCUGUCGCUCGCCCCGGGCGGCUCCAUCAUCGUCACGCUGUUCGAGGGCGAGCCCUACACGCUCUGGAACAUCCGCGACCUGGCCCGCCACAUGGGCCUCCUGGUCGAGCGCAGCUUCCGGUUCCAGGCGAGCGCGUACCCGGGGUACCACCACGCCCGAACGCUCGGGGUGGUGCGGAGCAAGAAGAACGGGGAGGUGGGCGGCGGUUGGAAGGGCGAGGAUCGACCUGCGAGGAGCUAUGUUCUCAUCCAGAAAGACGACCACGCUAGGCCCGCGCCCACAAAUACGAAGAAACGCCCGAGGGCUCCGGAUGGUGAUUCGUCAGAUGAUGACUAAUGCCGGAUUCGUAUAUUCCUCCCGACCCCGAACCCCGAGAUACCCGUAUAGCGUAACGGAGAUUGGAUAUUCACCGGGCGUCUUUACCCUUUCCGGUGUCUUCCUACACUUAUAGCGCCCUUCAUGUCGAAGCCAUAUACUAAGAAUGAACUCGCUUGUAUUCAUAAUACGAUUGUUAUAUAGGUUUCUACCUAGGUAGUCAGCGCUAACCUACCUACCUAAGUACCAUACAUGCGCACCAGACAUAGACAUAAUCUCACUUGUCAAAUACGAGAGGGGAUCCCCUUCCAACCAACAAACUAGUUACGCAUAAAUCUAAGCAUAUUCCCUUGUAGAAAUAUAUAUGUACCUGUA